CAAAGCAAGCCUGCGCGAGAAUUGCGACCCCCAAGCUGGAGCUGCAGGCGUUGUCAUAGUCGUUGAAGGAGGGUGAGAGGGACACAAAAGGCCGCAGACGUGAUCCAAAGGCAACCCUCGCCGGCACCGUCUCUGUCUCCUACGAUGGCAACCGCGAAUGGCGCUGCGAUGCCCUCAUCCUCUCCGGGCGCAGGCUCGCCCUCAUCAUCUGUGUCUACCUCGUCCUCAUCCCUUCGUGUCACUGUCGAACCAGGGCAGUCCAGCUUCUUUGCCGGAGAGUACUUCCACUGCAAGAUCACAUUCAGCAACGUCGCCACCCCGCCUGCUCGCUCGCACCAGCAGCUGAGGCAGGAAUACGAUGAUGGAACUUCGACUCCCACUUCAGGGAUGACGAGCAGAAGCAGGAGCGGUAGAGGCUCUGGAGCGGCUUCGCCAUCUACUUCGUCCACAACAUCGCCUUCGGCAUCGGGGACGAGCACGCCGAACAGAAGCACGAGUCGAGGCUCCCAGCAUACACGCAAAGCAUCGUCGUCUCUACACGUAGCCAAUGCGAACACGAAUCGCGCGUUCUCGCAUGGAAAGAGCCAAUCGCUCUACGAUGUACGGCCAGUCGAUGCGGACAAAGUAGGCGCGGGAGAGCACGCUCGGACCCCGGUGCGGCGCGAGCGCAGAGGCCUUGUCGGCAGAGGCCCUAAACCCGCUGAGCUGCGUUCACAGGCUGGAAACGACGAGGAGGAUCAUGGGAACGAGCCUGCAUCAAGGGGUACGAAGGGAGCUACGAAGGUCUCGCACGGCAAGUCAGUCUCUGUCGCUGUGGCACAGAUCAGCAGCAGUGCUAAGCACGGCAGCGAGGAUGCAAGAGGAAACUUGCAUGGGCUAGGGCUUGGAUUGCCAGGGCGCAGAGGUAGUGGCGGCUCGGCUGCGGGCUAUCCUGCGUCGCGGAACGCCUCAGGUGCCUCUGAGGCUGGCAGUAGCGACACAGCGCGGACGCCUUCGUCCUCGUACGCAGUAACAGGCGCAGUAGCGCCCCGAGGGGGCGCGCGCCCCGGCUCAGCUGCAGCACCGCUGCAAGCGCCAGAAGUUCAUGACGGCCAGACGAAACACAACGCUGAUGACUCUUUCGACGAAGAGAACGAUGGGGUGCAAAAAGUAUCCAAACAGCAUCCGCGCGUCUUCAACAACACGGCCGCUAAGGCCAAGUCCCUCGUCUCACGCACUUCUGGGCGCCACCCGCACUCACGCAAGAAGAGCGUCGUGCAGACGCAGGUGGAGGACCUCACCGAGGCGUUCGCACUCGAAAUGGGGCUCGAGGCCACACCCGAGGAGUCCAGUGCAGCAGCUUCGCCGGCGAUAUUAGGCGGAAAUGGAGGAUUGAAUGGUAUGACAGAGCACAACUACGAUUGCAGCAAUGCUCCCGGUACAUCCUCUACGGAAGAUGGGAAUGCAGCCGGCAGCAGGGUCAUAGAUGUUGGUGAUGACUCUUUUGCCUCUGCAACGAGCAAGGCAGGCGGUCCAGGGGGCGUUGCUUCAGGGUUUUAUGGUAUCGGCAGGAACGACACGAUGGAGUCGGUCGUACGUGAAGACCUCUCGGAGCGCCUGGCUUCGAGCGACAAGCGCACAGGCCCUGUUGUGGGAAGAAGAGGUGGCCUGGCGUUGGGCUUGGAUCGGAGGCUUAGCAAUUCAUCCAACAGGAGCAUGCUCUCGCCUACCAACCUCUCCAUCAUCUCAACGCACUUCCCCGCCUCUAUGCAUCGUUCUGGCUCGGCGGCGGCGGCGGCCGGCUCAGGAGUGGGCGAUUCGUCACCGACGAUUCCAGCAGCUUCUUCCGCUGCGCCGUCCACCUCGCCUCUCUUCCCGGCACCAGCACACGCAAAUGUCGCGCCGGGCUCCGAGGUGCUGCUAUGGUCAUAUGCACAAUUCAGCGGGAUGUUCUCCAUCGACGAGUCGUUAAUCAAGCCGUUCGACUUUGAGCUUGUCAAGUACCGCAUCGCGCAAGGUACUUUUGUUUCUGCUUCCUCUGCCUCCUCCGGCGGACGCGGCGCUUCGAGCGGUAUCGUGGGUCCUGGCGGGCGCAGCGAGCUACAGCUGCAGCGCCAGACCCCAUCGGAACGCGGCGGCGCUGCGAGCUCACGUGGGCGGACGAUUGGCGGCGGCGAGCUGCUCAGCAUUGGGCAGGAGGAUGUCGAGGCAGAGCUGCGCAUGGGCGAUGAUACAGGCUCUGCCGGCGGCAUCGGUGGCGAGAGUGGCGCCGGGGGGCCCGAAGAGACGGCCGCGGCGAUGCGCCGCGCGAUCAGCGGUCAAGGCAUGGGCAAGAGCUUUGAGGCGGACGGAUGGACCGCGUACCUGCGCAACAGGCUCACGCUCGGCAGCGGCGGCGCUGCGGCUAGCGACAACGGCAUGAUCGGCGGCGCCAGCGGUGGGAGCGGAGGAGCAGGGGGAGGAGGGAUGGUAGCGGGACUGCUGAGAAGAGGGCAUAAGCACAAGCGCACCGGAAGCACGCUCGUUGAUACGAGUCAAAAGGCCCUGCUUGCCAAAGGGAUACCCACGUUCAGUACACCACCCAGCAUCCUCUGCGUCGACCUGGCACUUGAGCCUGGUCAGAGUCGAUCUUAUCACUUCCGCCUGCCUCUCCCCCCAGACCUGCCGCCAUCAUACCUGGGUAAAGCGAUUUCCUUCACUUAUACACUGGCGAUCGGCACGAAUCGCCUGGAUCUCUCCAACGCAACCGUGCGCAGCAGCAGCAGAAAGUCGGCGCAGAAGAGCAGACUUAUCCAGAUCCCUAUCCGCAUCUACAAUCACGUUGCCGUAAGCGGCGCGCGGCCGUUCUGGGACUUGCUCAACCCGAUCGUCUGGGUGCGAGACGGGGCAGUGAUCAGCCCUGCUGAUGAUGAAGCCGAGGGUGAGGAUGCCGAGGAUGCUCUGGAUGCCGCUGCGCCGCCUCCGCCACUGCCAUUGCCCGAGCACGUGACGGCAGCGGAAGGAGCGCAAGAGCUCGCCAAUCUCAAAAAGAAACGCGACGAAUCCUCGCACGUAAACCUCGUUUCCUACGCCAAAGAGCUGCUCGCGUCGUGUGCGACGCCAACUGGGUCCUCCUUCGAUGCCAGCUCGGCGCUCACCGACUCGGCACUGCAGCCGGGCGAAACGUCAACAAUUGUGACAGCCACGCUACCUGCCCCGCACUUGUCCGCACGCUCGCUAGGGAAAGCGCUCAUGCGCCGACGUAGCUCCGUCGUGAGUGCUGCGAGCAGAGCCGGCGCAGAGGAGGACACAAUCGACACUUGCAUGGAAGCAGUCGAGGUGCUCAGUCGGACGUCCUCCAAAGUCUCCUACGAUAUUGCGAAAGACGGACAGAUCGCAGCUGUUCUGACGCUCGUCAAGUCGAAGUUGCGUCUCGGUGAUACCGUCUCAGGGGUGAUCACCAUCAAUCAGAAGACAGCUUAUGCGCGCAUCAUCCGUGUCGCCGUCCACCUCGAGUCGCACGAGGAGAUUCAAUCGGACAUCGCGACGCUUCCGUCGACGCGCAGCCAGAAGCUGACGAAACGCGCCGUUGCCAGUCACCACGAUAGCACGCUCGAUGCCGGUCAAGUUUCCUUUGCGCUGCCCAUCCCAAGCGGCGCAACGCCCGAUUUCACGACGAGCGGCGUAAAGCUUUUGUGGACCAUCCGCCUUUCCCUUCUUACGCUCACCAGCGUCAAGCCUCCAGCAUCGCCAAAGUCGUCCAGUAGAAGCAACAUAUAUAAUGGCGGUCCGCACGCACCCAUACCUCCACCAGCCCCAUCAGCGUCAAAGCGGGCGCUGCCCCCGCCGCAUCUCGUCCCAGGCACGCCAGAUGGAUUCGCUCUGUACCACCAGUCGCUGCGCGCGCUGCCUUCACUGUGCGGGCCUUUACCAAGCUUUACGCCGGACGAGUCGCACCGCAGCUUCCUCAAGCGGAACGGCUAUGGCGUUGAGGCGAAGCUCGAGAUUGUCGAGUGCUCUGUGCCGCUCGUGGUUCUUCCCAACAGCACCCGGUUCAAGACGGCCUCCGUGCGGUUUGCCGCCUAGGACUCUGACAUUUAUGCACCCUGGCGAUGUACUAAAAUGCUGGUCGAUGUGGUAAUGGAUAUAUUUGCUUG